AUGACGUUCACACAACCCAACGAACUCCCUUCACCGAUCCAAUCUCAGCAUCAUCCGCUCCCUUUAUUUCUGUUUACAACAACCUUCCCCUCUCUCAAACCCAAACCACUCACCUCCUCUUCAACUGCUUCGCGUCGCAGAAAAACUAUCCGUGCAACCGCUAUUGAAACACUCGACAAAACCGCUGAAGUUUCCCUGGUGGAGAAAUCGGUUAACACUAUUCGCUUUCUCGCUAUUGAUGCUGUUGAAAAAGCCAAUUCGGGUCACCCGGGUUUGCCCAUGGGUUGCGCUCCAAUGGGGCAUAUUCUGUAUGAUGAAAUUAUGAGAUAUAAUCCCAACAAUCCUUCUUGGUUUAACCGUGAUCGCUUUGUUUUGUCUGCUGGACAUGGUUGUAUGCUUCAGUAUGCUCUUCUUCAUCUUGCCGGCUAUCACAGUGUCAAGGAAGAAGACUUGAAGCAGUUUCGACAAUGGGGAAGUAAAACUCCUGGACAUCCUGAGAAUUUUGAGACUUAUGGAAUUGAAGUCACCACAGGUCCUCUGGGUCAGGGUAUUGCCAACGGUGUUGGUUUAGCACUUGCUGAGAAACAUUUGGCUGCACGGUUUAACAAGCCUGACAGUGAGAUUGUUGACCACUACACGUAUGUUAUAUUGGGUGAUGGUUGUCAAAUGGAAGGAAUUUCAAAUGAAGCAUGCUCACUUGCUGGACAUUGGGGUCUUGGGAAACUUAUCGCACUUUAUGAUGAUAACCACAUUUCAAUUAACGGUGACACUGAAAUUGCAUUCACUGAGAAUGUUGAUCAACGUUUCUAG